UGGCCCUGCAGAGGGGGCCUGAUCUGAGGGGACACGCAUAAAGAGCUGCGCUUCUCCUCCUGGAUCUCAUUUGAGCAGGACAGCGGAUCCACGGCCACAUGCCUCCAUAAUAAAGUGGAUCCUUCAAUCCGAUCACCAACACUAAAUGACCUGGACCCUUAUUUUUAUUUUUCUGUCAUUAACACAGAUGAGUAUCAGUAGAGGAAGUAAUGGACGCGGCCCCACAAACAAAGACAGUUGGAAAUCUCCAGUCUCCCUCAGCAGCUAACCUGGCCACGUUGCAGUCUUACAGGCCUCUCCUGAGUGACUACGGACCUCCAUCUCUGGGAUUCUCACAGGGCUCCACUGGCAGCCAAGUGCCUCAGAACAAAUAUGCAGAGCUGCUGGCCAUCAUCGAAGAGCUUGGGAAGGAGAUCAGGCCCACAUAUGCUGGAAGUAAGAGUGCAAUGGAGAGACUGAAAAGAGGAAUUAUCCACGCUAGAGGGCUGGUGCGUGAAUGCUUGGCCGAGACGGAGAGGAACGCCAGGUCCUAGCUACGAACACACAGCCGUCCCUGCAAAAAGAACCAACAGUGUGUGUCUCAUGAAAACAAUAAAUAACUUGCAUGGCAUUUCCUUUGAGAGGAGGAAGUAAAUGAACAAAGGAUGGAAAAGCAAGCUCCUAGAGGAGAAAAAAAAUCAAUAACACAAUUCUUGACUCCUGAGGGUUGUGGAGGAUCAUUUUAAUUACAUGUGGGUUAUUGGAAUUCAAAUAUCAUGGAGGAUAUCAUGUGUUUUUAUGCCCCACUUUUGGGAUCUUAGUUUUGACUCAAUUUUUAAAGAAAUGAAUUUUAAACAAUUAUGCAUGCGAAAGGGCCCAUGGUUAAUUUGUAGACACUGCAUGGCUUGUACAGGGGUAGAUGGAGACUUCUUUUUGAUAGUGUUUGGUCUG